UGAGGAAGUGGCUUUGAUAAUAAACCGUGUUUACGGUAGAGUUUGGUCGGAUCCAUGGAUCGACUCAGCCAGUUCACAUCACAACUUUCAUUCGGGGUUCAGAUUCCGCAACCCUGACGGCAUCACUAUCCCUGAAAACGCCACUUGGCAUAUGGUACACAUCAUCUUACAAAAAUCAAAUAUUAUAUUGGCAUCUUCGAGCUCCGGACCUGUGUCCACCAUCGACAAAGCAGCGUGGCGACAUCGGUUUCGUUCUCGACCCAUAGGCAUACCACGAAAGCGAGAAAACAUCCGCGAGGCCAGGAUAAAAAUGCCCCUUCCGGUCUUCAAAGUAGAGGAGGAUGAAAAAAGUACCGAAUGCCUUCGCAUCUCACCAAAAAAGGGCCAUCCUCUUGAAAUACUCAUUUACCCCUCCUCCGAAGCUUGCCCCUUCCCAUCCGAUGACCUUAUGGGUAAACACAUCUUUCGAUACUCACUCUCCACCAACCCCGAGGAAAUAUCCCAAGUAUACACGUACGAAGGGACAGUGAGAGCAGAUAGCAAAGCAAAAAGGCGUGCGAGAUUGGACGAGUUACUCAUCGAAUAUGCAACCAGAAUUAUCAACAUCAGACAUCCAGCAAACUGUACGUGCAAUGAUUGUCGAGGGAGUGAUGCGACUGGUGCUGCAUCCGCCGCUACUUUUGACGGUGCAGAUGAGAACCCAGGACCAGUGGGUACAGCUCCCACCCACUUAACAAUGCCGAUAAUAGAGACCCCAAGGUUUGAGUUUGAAGACGAGCAUAUAAGGUGGCUUACGGCCGUGAUGGAAGAGAGUUCGGAGGAGGAGAAGGACAAAUUAUUGAAGGAUUUUGGACGGGGAAUGGCGGAGAUGUUUGUUCUCCUACACGAGGAUGGAUAUUAUGAAGAAGGGGAAGAAGAUGACGACGAGGAGAUGCAGUGGAUACCCGUCAUAUCAGCCCACCUCGGGGACCUGGCGAUGUUUGACUUCAGUGGAGGUGAAUGGAUACCGAGACGUUGGAGAGACGAGGAGUGGGAGGCGUGGUGCGACCUUCUUUGCAAGGGAAGAUAUGAUGAGCUGAUGGUUUACGCAUUACACAAUGACAGGACUCGGGGUUCUUUAAGGCAGAGGUCAAAGUACCCUUUAAGUGCGAUGGAGGCUCUGUGGGCCUGGAGGGACGCUCGACAGCCCAACUAGGUACUGUGUAGCAAUGGUAGACUUAGAACUUUCUGUGCCCACAGAGCGAAUGAGGAAUCCCAAAUUCAUG